AUUUGGUGAUUUAGAAUGAUUGUAAAUUUCUUCCCUCCUAUUAAAAAAAAAAAAGAAAAAAAGAAUGAUUGUAAAUUUGACAUAAUCCAUUCCGAUAAAUCUUUGCUUUUUAAAACCAUAAGCCACUACUAAACAGUUUGGAUUGUGCUCAAUCCCAAUAAAAUAUUGCCAAUAUUGCUUAUAUGGUCGACUUAAUUCUUCCUUGAGGAUUCUAUUAGUAAGUCAUCAGUCAUCACAAUUUUGUUGCUUUGAGAAGAUCUUGACGCCUCAUAUCGGCAUGGAGAUAUAUGGACCUAAAUAAACAACGAAUUGUAAAAUAUUUGAACUCUGAGUCCCAUGGCUUUGGAGGCCUAUUUUUGUGGUUUGGUUACGGGCCUAGAAUAUUUUCUACUGUAUUAAAAGCAAGAGGACUGAACUCUGUUUUAAUGACGGUGGCAUUUUUGUAAAUAAACUAUUUGAUAGGUCGUAUUUUGUAAGUCUGUUUACUGCAGUUUCGAUCUAUUAUUCUUCUCCAAACUCCCUUUCCCCUUCUUCCUAAGUCCUAACCUCAAAAGUAAAUAGCCGCUUCGCCUGCCGGAAUCGUCGAAGAUAAAAUCCAGACUAUCACUCGGCUUGUAAUAGGCUUAAAACAAUGGCGGCAACGCCGAGCGCCGCCUUGGGGAAUCCCAACGUGGAUGGAGGAGCACCUCCGGCUCCCCAGCUUCCCGGAACGGACAUGACCGGAAUAUGCUUCAGGGAUCAGCUUUGGCUGAACACUUAUCCACUCGACCGGAACUUAGUGUUCGAUUACUUUGCUCUCUCCCCAUUCUACGAUUGGACUUGCAACAAUGAAAAGCUCCGAUUAAGCUCCAUCCACCCUCUCGAUACUUCUCAACUCUCCAAAAUGACGGGGAUAGAGUAUGCAUUGAGUGAAGUUUUGGAACCCAAUCUUUUUGUCUUUCGCAAACAAAAGAGAGAUGGUCCAGAGAAAGUAACACCCAUGCUGACAUAUUAUGUCUUGGAUGGUUCAAUAUAUCAAGCUCCUCAACUAUGUAACGUCUUUGCAGCUCGGCUCGGACGGGCACUCUUCCAUAUCUCAAAAGCUUUUAAUACUGCAGCCUCAAAGUUGGAAAAAAUUGGAUAUGUUGAUGAUGAAGAUGAGAAAGGGGCACCGGAAGUGAAGACGACUAGCAAAGAGAAUAUUGACUUCAAAGAAAUUAAGCGAGUGGAUCAUAUUCUUGCAUCACUACAACGCAAGCUGCCAGCUGCCCCGCCACCGCCUCCAUUUCCAGAAGGUUAUACUCCACCAUCAGCAGCUGAUGGAGAGAAAGCUUCUGAAAACCAGCAAGCAGAGCCACCGGCAGUGGAUCCCAUCAUUGACCAAGGCCCGGCUAAAAGAAGGAAAUUAUAAGCUGGGUUUACAUACAUUAGUCUGUAGUGUAUCACGUGAAGCCUUGAAUAGUAGAAACAGUCUUUGAUAUCUUACUCUGCUAUUUAUUCUCUCCCCCUCUUCUCCCUGAAAAUAUUCUUCCUUUUUAACUACCAUGUAAACUAGUUAGUGUAGAAUAGAACCGAUACAUUAUUAUAGAGGACUAAUUAUGUUGUAGUAAUUUUGUUGAUCUGUGGUGAUUGAUCAAAUUGUACGGGGUGUUGAAAAUCAUUGGGAAUUUACUGAUGAUAAGUGACAGACUGAUAGUAGUAAAAAGUCGCAAGACAAAGUUGUAAUGAAAUUGUCCAUUAACUCUUUCAGUGAUAACAGAAAAACACCUGGCCGGAAGUUUCCUCUUGAAUUGACA